CGCGAUGGCCGGGGCUGGGUCGCCUAAACCAGGAGCCAGGAGCUUCUUCCGGGUCCCCCACGCGGGCGCAGGGGCCCAAGCACUUGGGCCAUCCUCCACUGCUUUCCCGGGCCACAUUAGGGAGCUGGAUGCAUUUGGACUCCAGCUGGAUCCGUGUAUCAGUGCUCUUGGGAAGAAGAUCCUUUCGUUGAUUUUGUUGUACAAGAGCAGACGGGCUUCCGUUGUCCGAGGUGGCUUCAGUGUGUGUUGGACACAAGAGCACGUUGUUAGAGCAGAAUGAUGACGAUAGAACUGAAGGUGGCUGAGCAUCUGGAUCCUCAAAUCAGGGCUCUGUGGGAGACCAAGGGGCCUGUGACAGAGCACUCCGGCCAGAGUGAAAACUCUGCUCCACAAGUGGACUGUCGCAGUGCUGAGAACUCUUGCUGGCACUUCCGGAACUUCCACUACCAUGAAGCAACUGGACCCCGGGAGGCAGUCACCCAGCUUCAGGAAUUAUGCCGUCUGUGGCUGAGGCCAGAGAUCCACUCUAAAGAACAGAUCUUGGAGCUACUGGUGUUGGAGCAGUUCCUGACCAUCCUACCUGUGGAGAUGCAGAGCGAGCUGCAGCAGCACCGUCCACAGAACAUUGAGGAGGCUGUGGCGCUGUUAGAGCACCUGCAGAGAGAAUCUGGUCCAGCGAGGAGUGGGGUUGCAGUCCCUGAGCUGGGGAAGGAGGCAGUGCCUUUGGAAGAAGCUGUGGAAGUCUCAGGCUUGAAGCUGAAGGCAGCAGAGACCCAACCAGGAGGCAAGUCCCUGCGUGAAGACGUUUGGAAUUCAUGCCAGCGUCUACAGCGACAACCGGACAGGAUCACUGAGAAAGGAACUGGACCUGUUUCUGAGAGGGCUCUGCCUGCUCAACAGACCCUAGCCUUUCCUGAGCAGACACACACCAGAGACUGGACAGUGGCGCCUGAGCUUGUCUUGCCGGAGUCCCAGAGCUUGUUGACUUUUGAAGAAGUGGCCGUGUAUUUUUCCCAGGAAGAAUGGGAGUUACUGGAGCCCACUCAGAAGGCCCUUUACGAUGAUGUAAUGCAGGAAAACUAUGAGGCUGUCAUCUCUCUAGCAUUAUUUGUGCUUCCCAAACCGAAAGUGAUCUCCUGUUUAGAGCAAGGGGAAGAACCGUGGGUUCCAGGAGCCCUGGAGAUCCAGCAUGGUCUUGGGGAGUCUCCUACAGGUACAUCCGUCACGAGAGGAGCAGGAGUAAAGCUCAAAAAUGACACUGAGAAUCAUCAGCCUCUAUGUCUUUCUGACUUAGAAAUACAAUCUCCAGGAAACAUAGUUUCAAAGAAAGUCAAAGUGAAAGUUGCCCAGAAAACAGCAGGCAAAGAAAAUCCUGGUGAUCCUCACAGAGUGGGGAGAUGGAACGGAGAGUUUCCAGUGAGGAAAAGAAAGAAGCUCUCACCCUGGAAACAAGAGCUGCUGAGACUUAUGGAUCUUCACAAGAAAGACCGUGCAGGAGAGAAGCCUUUUAAAUGUCAGGAAUGUGGGAAAAGCUUCAAAGUUAGCUCUGACCUCAUUAAGCACCAAAGAAUCCACACUGAGGAAAAACCUUAUAAAUGUCAGCAGUGUGAUAAGAGGUUUAGAUGGAGUUCAGAUCUUAAUAAGCACUUAACAACACACCAAGGAAUAAAACCAUAUACAUGCUCAUGGUGCGGGAAAAGCUUCAGUCAAAAUACAAAUCUACACACACACCAAAGAACUCACACAGGAGAGAAGCCCUUUACCUGUCAUGAAUGUGGAAAAAAAUUCAGUCAGAACUCCCACCUCAUUAAACACCGGAGAACCCACACAGGUGAGCAGCCGUACGCCUGUAGCACUUGCAAGAGAAACUUCAGCAGGCGCUCAAGCCUUCUGAGACACCAGAAGCUUCACCGGCAAAGGGAAACUUGUUCAGUGUCCUCGUGCUGAAGAGAUUCACCAAAUGGAGACCCUGUCGUGUGUGUGUGUGUCUGUGUACAUGUAUGUGUGUAUGUAGACGUACACAAACACCCACAGAAUCAUGAAGCAUGAAUAAUUUUUCAUCGUUCAGAAAUUUGGUGGUGUAGAUGUAGAAAAGAAUCCAGGUGGGCUGUGCGGGGAAUAAGUUGUACUGCUUGCUGUGUUUUACUCUCAGGAAUUCCUUAUCCAGAGGGGUGUUCUAAGAGCAUUCUGAAUAAGGGAAAAGGCUGCUUGAGGAUUUUACUUAAGGAAAAACAGCAAAUUCAGCUUAAAAAAAGCAGAUGCGGCCAGCCAGUAUCUUCUGUAGUCAUCUAAACAUAUAUGGUAGAAACAUCUGUAGCUGGCCUUCUGGGACAGAAAGCACUAACAUGUGUGUUUCUGUGCAUACUCUUGUCUUCAGGCUAGCAUGCUUAACAGUUCCAGUAGUUUCAUGAGGCAGAAAUGAAUUGUACUGCAAAGUGUCCCAAGGACAAAAUCGGAUUUUUCUUCCUUUCUUUUGUCAGGGACACUGUUCACAAAAGAACAUCACUUCAGUUCCUUGUAUUGUUUAGCACCUUUAGCUCUUGAAUUCUCUUAGCACAGUUUUACUGUGGUGAAAUUGUAUUUGCUUCAGCAUUAGGGAAUCUACUAGAUAAACUAAAAAUGCACUAUUUUAUAUUUCUUAUUGGUGGUUGGCAAUUGGAAAACAUUUCUAAUGAAGUCAUAUGGAAAUGAGUUAGAAUUUGUAGCCAUGAGAUGUAUGUUAGAGGUGAAGAAUUUUCUACAGUAAAAGAAAUUAGACUGAUUACUUACCUCACAAUAUCAAUAGGAUGAAGUAGCCAUACAAAUCAGCACUUCCCUGAGACAUGAAAAAAUGGUUCAAUAUCAGCAUCUCAGGUUUUUAUUUACAUUUUAAUUUGUGUUUUGUUUGUUGAUAAGAACAAGAGUUAUUUUGUUUAUGAGAACUGUAGUAUGUAUAUCCUGCAGGCAGCAUUCUUUGGCUUCUUGCUGUGGAGACCUGGGCAUCCAGGGAGCAGGAGACCAGGUUCCCAAAAGGAAAGGUUUGUUGGACAAGGAAAGACAAAUCCACAUCCAUGAUGUUGGGUUUUAUGGUGCCAGCUGUCAAAGGGGUAGGGUCUGCCUAUCGCUCCAGCACAGCAUUUAACAAAAGGCUAAGUCAUAGCUUCUGUGGGCUGCUGAAAGUCCACAGCCUGUGGGUUUUCUUAUAACAUCUGUUUAGCUACAACAGUAACCCAGUAUGUUCCUGUUAGAGGUUUUAGGUAUAUCAGGAAAAAGGUUAAAGAAAUUAUCUCUUCCAAUCUCUCAUUUUUAAGAAGUACAGACUUGUUCAAGACUCCCUCUCUAGAAAGUCUGUGGGCUGCCACAUAGCCUCAUCAGCCAGGUGUGAAGGCAGAUUUAGUGGACAGACAGGUUAUCCUUACACAGCUAGCCUGAGUGACGUCGUAGUAUAUGUAGUUUAGAAAACAUUCCUGUUUGCUGAUUGGUUACUGAAGCACUUUGACAUCUCCAUUUUCUCGGUAAAUAAGGAAUACUACUCAGGGUUGUUCUGGGGGAUUAGAUGAGUUGGUGAAUGUAAAAUACCCAAAACAGAGCCUGGCCCACAGUAGGAACAUGAUUAGUGCAUGUUUCUCUCUUUCCCCUGCCCCCAGUGAUAAGUUGGGCUAAUUGAUGACAUUAAAGACGCAGAUGCAUUUGUGGCUUUGACAGCUCCAUUUAGAUGCUGAGCACUUGUGGUAGUGUUCUGCCAAGUUGAUUUCCUCCUUGGCGUCAUCACUGUAUAAUACAUGGCACAAGAGCCACCUGAGCUUUUGGCCUUGUGUUCUUAGCGAUUUUUAUUCUGAGAUUAAUUAUAUGAAGUAUUAUUUGUUUGAAAACACUUGUAUUUAUUUGAAAGUCAGACAUAGAAAUCCUCCAUUCAUUGGUUCAUUUUCCAGAUGCGUGCAACAUGAGAUAGGACCAGGCCAAGGUCAGGAGUUCAGAAUGUAACGCAGGUCUCCCACACUGGUGGCAGAGACUUAAGUGCCUGGGCUAUCACCUGCUUCUCAAGAUGUGCACUAGCAGAAAGCUGGAGUCGGAAACAGAGCUGGGAAACAGGCACUCCGACAAGAGGUAUGGGCAUCCCAAGCAGCAUCUUAACCACUAGGCCAGACACCCCACAAGUGCAAUACAGGCAGCGCUGCAUAAUUCUUACACCUCACCCUUAGGCUCCUGGACUCUUCCUCUUCCAGGACAUGUGUGGGUGUCUUUCUGGCUUUGCAUUUGUUCAGUUUAAUGAGGGUCUUCCAUACGCUAGGCACUGUCUGGGCUCUGAAAGCAUAGCAAUGGGUAAGAGACAAUAAUGCAUCCCCUGGUGGAACCUGUAUUUUAAUAAGCAGCAAAAAGGAGAAUAAAUAGUAUUUACUUUCCGCAGUAAGGGUUAUGAAAUAGUUUUGGCCAGUGGGUUGUGAGCAAAAGCCUCAUUUCUAGGCUGAAGCAUUUAUUUGCUGUUUCAAAAUUCCAGUGCUCUCCUUUCCUGCUUGGACGGCACGUGGGAGGAACCAGGAAAUGUGAUCCAGCGUCCCUGGGUCUGCAGUGGGUUUUGCACUCAGUGAACCACUGAGAGAUCAGUGCUGUGUGUUUGGGCAGCGUUCUCUGGUCUGUCUUAGUAGAGCUUGGGCUGUGGCACUUGCGGGAGGUGGCUGUUUAAUGAAGCCCAGGGACAUUCCCUUUUUUGUUCCUCCUGGCCUUUGGCCCUCGAAGGGAUCUAGUUUUUAGGUGCGUAGCUGAGCUUAUGAAACUGAUGGGAACACGUAGGAGCCCACAAUAGUCCCCCCCCCCCAAAGAUUUAUCCAUUUACUUGAAAGAGUGAGGGAGAGACACAGAGAGGUCUUCCAUCUGGGGUUUCACUCCCCAGAUGACCACAAUAGCUAGGGCUAAGCCAGACCAAAGCCAGGAGCCUGGAGCUUCACCUGGGCCUCCUUUAUGGGUGGCAGGGGCCAUCCUCCACUGCUUCCCCAGGUGCAUUAGCAAGGAGGUAAGUUCACAGUAGAGCAGCUAGGUCUUGAAUCAGCACCCAUAUGGAUGCCAGUGCAGCAGAUGGUGGCUUAACCCACUGAGCUACAACACCGGCCCCCUACAAUGAUAGAGAAGACAUUGCUUUCUGGGACAAAUCAAGUGGACAAGGCAACCGUCCUGCCCUUCCAUCUCUGAUCUGUUCCACUUCCCUUACUCCUGGCUUCCCUUCGCUCCACUGCCUCAUGUGCUUCAGGUGGGUGGGUGGAUGGACAGGGAGAGCUCCUGGCUCCUGGCUUUGGAUUACCACAGCUCCAGCUGUUUCGGCCAUCUGGGGACUGAACCAGCAGAUGGAAGACUUUUUUUCUCUCUGCCUCUGCCUCCCUGUAACUCUUGUCUUUCAAAUAAACAAAUAUUUUUUAAAAAAUGGAAAUGCCUAAGAUUUCUAUCAGUUCUGAGACAAUUGAGUGUUGAAUUGCUGUGCAGAGUUUAACAGGAAGAAUGCUGAGCAGCUACUGCCAAGUAGACAGUCAUGAUAGCAAAAGAUUGAACUCCGUAAAGGUUUUUCCAAACAUUUGACAAGUGUUCGUGAGGAGCUUCUGCCUUUCUGGUCAGUUGUCACUUGUGUAAUGGAUCAAGUACUCCCAUUAAUGUUACUCCUCUCCAGGGGGUCUUUGGAGUGCAGAGUGAAGUACUUGCUGGAGCUCUCCCCCCAUUCUUACCAUGGUCUGGCUUCUUCCCUGGGUGGACUCUGAAGUGCCCUCAAUGGAAAGUGUUUCCUCAAGGAAAACACUGAAGCUUUACCCAAACUCUGUUUCUGUGUUCUUCCCAGUAGGAAUCCACCCAAACUAGUAUGAAAGCCUGUUUUUGUUGCUGAGUCUUUCUGCACUUGUUCUUUGUGUAUCUUCCUUGUGCCAUGGCAGGCACUGGCGCAUCUACCAAACCUGCUUUCUUGCGUAGGUUUCCAUUGUGGAUGAAUCCUCCACGGGGAAUGAUGUGGGGUCUACACUGAUGUGCUAUCUGUAAUCAACCACAUAUAAAGUUUUCGCCUGUAUGUGACUGUGUGUACGUUACCUGUCUACUUCCUGUGAAAGGAAUUAAGCAAGGUAGCUCUUACACUGCAUUUCAGAUCUAGGAAAAUUGUCAGAAUCUCUUCUCAUUUCUUCCACAGGAUGGUGACUCUUGAGUUGCACCAGCCUUGGCACUAACAAAAAGUUCAAUUGCAUAGUGUUUGUGUACAUCUUCAAGGAAAAACUAAGAAAAUGUGUGUUUAAAACCAAAAGAUGUAAUAUUUCUAACAUAAUUUUUGCACCAAACCUUUGUCCAUGACUUGUACCAACAUCUGAAUGGUUUUAAAGGGUUUGAAACAAUGCCAAGCAGAAGGAUAUUUAGUAUUCAUGAGUACAAUUAAGUAUUGCAUAAGACAGUUUCUCUCAGAGUGUUGGGAACACCUUUGUUGCACAGUGACGAUGCCAUUCUGGCUGCCUGCCUCUCAUGUUGGAGCGCCUGGGUUUCUGUUCUGACCCUACUUCCAGUUUUAGCCUCCUGCUGCCGUGCAACCUGGGAGGCAGGGGUGAUGGCUCUGUUACUUGGGUCCCUGCCCCCACACGGGAGACUCAGAUUGAAUUCAGGUCGCUGGCUCUGGCAUAGCCCAGUCCUGGCUGUUGUGGGUAUCUGGGGAGUAAGCCAGCAGAUGGAAGAUCUCUCCGAGUUGGUCUUGGUCUCUGUCUCUGCAUGUGAAUUUCUUUUUUAAAGUUUAGCAUUAAGAAUGCUUUUUUUUUUCUUUUUAAAGUUUUUUUUUUUUUUUUUUGAAAGGUGGAGUGGCAGAGACAGAGAGAGAGAGGUCUUCCAUCUCCUGGAUCACUCCCCAAAAGGCCACAAUAGCCAGAGCUGCGCCAAUCCAAAGCCAGGAGCUUGGAGCUUCUUUCAGGUCUCGCAUGUGGAGGCAGGGGCUCAAGGAGUUGGGCCAUCUGCUGCUGCUUUCCCAGGCCAUAGCAGAGAGCUGGAUUGGAUGUAGAGCAGCCAGGACCCAAAUGGCGUCCAUACAGGAUGCCAGCGCUGCAGGUGGCUGCUUUACCCCCUAUGUCACAGCACCAGCCCCUAGAAACAGACUUCUUUAAAGAUUAGUAAAAAGGUUUUUGUUGUUUUUAAAUGUUCCUUCCCUUCAUCCUUUACAUACAGCAAGUAGGCAUUCUGCAGCUUCAAAGCUGCUUAUUUUCUUUAUUUUAAAAUGUUUAUUUACUUAUUUAUUAGACAGAGUUACAGAGAGAGGGAAAAGAGAAUUCUUCCAAUCACUGGUUCACUCCCCAAGUGGACACAAUGGCUGAAGCUGGGCUGGUCCAAAGCCAGGAGCCAGGAGCAGCUUCUGGGUCUCCCAUGCGGGUGCAGAGGUCCAAGCACUUAGGCCAUCCUGUGCUGCUUUCCCAGGCCACAGCAGAGAGCUGGAUGGGAAGUGGAGCAGCCAGGACAUGAACUGCAAGUGGAGGCUUAACUUACUAUGCACCAGCCCCUGUUUAUUCUACUUAGAGGAGAAAAUAAUAUUUCUUAUUUAUUUUUUAGUUAAGAAACACUUCUGCAAUCUUUUAUUCUUGUGUCUCUUCCAACAUCCCACAUUUUAAAAUGUAAAGUUUCCCAAAGCACAGUCUUAAUCCACUGGUUUCCUCUUCCCUUACCCUGCCCUCCUAAGGCCAUCAUGUCUCUGGCCAUUCCCUUAGUGGCCCACAUCAACAGCUGAGAGUCAUGUGAUGUGUUUGCUUGUCUUCCUUCAUUAGUGUUUGCAACAGGAGGCUGGGGCUUCGUCUCAUGCAGUCUUGUGUCUUCAUGGCACCGACAGGAUUGAAAAUAUCAAACAAGGAAAACUGCCAUGGCCAACUGAUCUCUGGCUUUGAUUACCCAGGACACCCUGCUUUCUCCAGGUAUCAGGUGCUCAGUGGACGUGUAGUGGCCACCCUUCCUGGUCUUGUUCUUCCCCAGGACUGGAAGAACAGGCAGGUCCUCUGGAGAGCUCACAGAGAGUUCACCUAUUGGGGAUAAGAAUUUCUAAGUGAUUUCAUAUGAACUUUCAAUCCCAGAAUUCAGGGCAGUCAUGAGAUGGGAAGACUAGAUUUUGUUGUGUCUGGAGAAAGGCAGCUCUGCCCAGGUUGCUGAGUGCCUUGGAAGCGCCUGCUGCCUCUGCUCUCUGGAGCUGCAACACUGAGGCGAGUACAAGGAUCCGGAAGAAGCCUCAGGAUCUGACUCUGUCAGUGAGUUCCAAACACAUAUGUGGAGGACACAGACAUGCCAAGAAAAGCUGUUCUGCACCCAGGUAAAGUUGGGACAAUGGCUUGCAUAAGGAGAGAGUUUUGUUAGAAGAGGACUUCGAGCAUUUGUGUUUGCAAUGUGAAGCUGGGUGGGUGGGGGCAGUUGAAGGAGAGGAGCGUAAGUGUGGAGGCCCUGGUGUGGUGUUUGUGUGACACCUGACUUCUCACAGCAGCGCCCUGUGAAAUCCCACUCGGGACAGUGCUGGCCUGGUUAGCUCCAUGACCAUGACAGGAGCUAGAGAAGACAGCAGUCUUAGUAGAACAAAACCAGGUCCCAGUCGCCUGUCAGUGAAAUGCCACUUCCACACCACACGGCUUCCUGGCUGGUGGCACAGUGCUGCUGUCAGAAGGAGACAGUCGAAGCUGAGAUCUCCUGGCUAGACGUGGCUGCUGGGACAGAGUGAGAAGCCCUGCUUCCUCUUUUCGAUGCUGACGUGGAAACAUCUCUCUCACGGGCUCAGCCGUAAGGAAUCACUUCUCCAAGGUCAGCUCAGCAUCUUCUGUACUAGUGGAAGAUAAAGUGUUCCAGCAAGAAUGCGCUCAUUAGCUUCCAACAGCUGCCCCAGCCGUGAGUGGUUUGGAAGCAGGGGUUGCAAGGUGGCACUUUUACAAAGCUGCAGACUCCAGUAUACUAUCUUUGAAAUUCAAGCUCAUUGUUCAGGAGCUUAUCUAUCCUGGCAUUGUGCCAAUUUGAAGAAAAAAAAAAAAAGCAGUUAUAUAGGCCAAAAUGGAGGAAGUGAUCGCCUUACAAUGUGUCAGACAAGACACAGAAAGACUGAGGUUUCCUGAUUCACGGAUAAGAGGUCCACGAGAAUUAGAGGAAGAAACCAAUUCCUGCCAUCUGGUAGAGGAACAGACAUGUAGAGCUGGCUUCAUAAUACCCCUUCUUCCCCUUCUGCCCUCUGAGGCAGCCUCCCAAGCUCCAUCCCACAAACACCCUGGCCGCUUAGGUAAGCCCUCAUGAUCGCAGAAGGAAGACAGUAAAGACCAGGGCACUGGCAUCUCAGGCAGUGCCGUCACUCAACUGGAUCCUGUCUGCGUGACUUGCCAGGGGCCGGGAAUCCUUUUUUGGGGAUGAUCUCUGCUCUCAGAAAGAGCUCCGUUCUUUCUCUAAUUAUCUCCUUAGAAUUAGCCAGGACGCUAUUCCCUCCCAGUCACCUCGUGUGUUUGUUCUGGAAACAAUCCCUCCUCUAACCAUUCUCAGGCUCAAGGGGUCUGGAGACACCAGGCACAAAGCAGUGUCUUCCUGGAGGCAGAAUCCUUAAAACCCCCGUCUCUCCUCCCUGUGCUGUAGCCUCACUCCUUUUCCUCAACCACCACAGUGCCCACACGUUCACAGUGAGUGUGCACACUCAUGCGUGCGUAAAGCUGCGGGAGCUCCUGCUUCCCACGUGCUGAACUCCUGGUUUGGUUAAAGGCCUUUUAUCCUCUGACAAGCCUCCUCUUCUCCUCUCUCCAAGUUCACUCACCCUCCAGGCAGUGCCAGGAGGCCUUUUUAUUUUUCAAAUAGGAUUUAUUUUUUAGAGCAAUUUUAAAUGUAUAGUGAAACUGAGCAGAUGGUAGAGGUCCCGUAUGCUGCCCUCCCCACCCCCACACUCAGACUCCCCUUCUGUAGGCAUCCCCAACCAAAGGGGUAUAGAAUCAAUGCACCUGUGCUGACCCAUUGUCACUCAAGGCCCAUAGUUUACGUUAGAAUUCACAGUUGGUGUUGUAUCUUCUGUGGGUUUUGACCAAUGUACAAUGAAAUGCAUGUCUAUAGGAUCAUAAAGAAUAAUUUGAUUGCCUAAAAAUUCUCAUUCAUCCCUCUCUCCCUAUGGACUCCCAGCGACCACUGUUCUCUUUUCUAGUCUCAUCUAGUUGGAUCAUACAGCAUGCAGCCUGCUCAGAUGGCUUCUUCCACUUAGUAAUAUGUAUUUAAGAUUCCCCCAUGUCUUCAUGCCUGGUUGUUUUCAGUGCUGAGUAAUAUUUCAUCACUGAUAUUUAUAGUUUAUUUAUCCAUUCACCUAAUGGAGGACAUUUCGGUUGCUUCUAAAUUUUGGCAGUUGUGAAUAAACUUGCAGCAAACAUCCAUCUGCAGAUUAUUAAAUAGACUUCAGUUUUCAUUUCAUUUUCAAUACAAAGAAGCCCAAUUUCUGAGUUAUAUGGUUAUAUACUUUAAUUUGUAUGACCCCAGCCAACUGUUUUCUAGAGGUUGUACCAUUUUGCAUUCCCACCAGGAAAGAAUUAAUUCCUGUUACUUCACAUCCUUGCCAAAUUUGUUGUUGUCAGUUUUUUGAAAAAGUUUUGCCCUUCUAAUAUCUUCCUAUUAUUUUAAUGUAUAAUUCCCUAAUGACAUAAUAUGUUGAGCAUCUUUCCAUAUUCAUUUUUUUAAAAAAAGAUUUAUUUAUUUAUUGGAAAGGUGCAGCUACAGAGGCAGAGACAGAGAGAGAGGUCUUCCAUCUGCUAGUACACUCCUCAGAUGGCCACAAUGGCCAGAGCUGCGCUGAUCUGAAGCCAGAAGCCUGGAGCUUCUUCUGGGUCUCCCACACGGUCUAGGGGCCCAAGGACUUGGACCAUCUACUGAUUUCCCAUGCCACAGAACAGAGCUGGAUCAGAAGUGGAGCAGCCGGUCUCGAACUGGCACCCAUACGGGAUGCUAUUACUGCAGACGGUGGCUUUACCCACUAUACCACAGUGCGGGCCCCGCAUAUUCACUCGCUCUCUCUCUCUCUUUUUUUUUUUUUUAUUUACUUACUUGAGAGGUAGAAUUAGAAAGGGAGGGAGAUACAGAGAGAAAGGUCUUCCAUCUACUGGUUCACUUUCCAAAUGGCCGCAAUGGCCAGAGCUGGGCUAGUCCAAAGCCAGGAGCCAGGAGCUUCUUUCAUGCGAGUACAGGGGUCCAGGCACUUGGGCCAUCUUCCACAGCUUUCCCAGACCAUAGCAGAGAUCUGGAUUGGAAGAUGAGCAACCGGGAUAAGAACAGGCUCCCAUAUGGGAUGCCAGCACCCCCAGGCAGAGGCUUAGCUCACUAGGCCACAGUGCCAGCCCCCUCCAUAUUCUUAUUUGUCUUCUAUAUGAAUAUGUUUUCUUUGGCAAGGUGUUUCUUUAGACGUUAUUCCCAUUUUACAAUUUUUAAUUUAACAUUGUGAGAGGUAGAUCUUCUGCUGGUUCACUCACCAAAUGUCUACGACAAUCAGGUUUGAGCCAAUCUGAAGUCAAGAGCCUCUAACUCAAUCCAGCCUUCCCGAGGGGAGCAGGGACCCAAGCACUUGAACCAUUACCAGUGCAUGGCAGGAUGCACGUUAGCAGGGAGCUCUAUUGGAAGUGGAGCCAGAACUCAAACAGGGACUUGGAUAUGAUAUACAACCAUCCCAAGUGUCAUCUUAACUCUGAGCCAAAUGCACACCCCUCCUAUGCCCAUUUAAAGUCAGGUGGUUUCCUUAUUGUUGAGUUUUAAAGUUCUUUGUGUAUGUUGGAUAGCAGCCUUUUAUCAGAUCUGUCUCUUGCAAAUAUUUUCACCCAAUCUGUAGCCUGUCUGCAUACGUUUGACCAUGUGUUUCUCAGAGUUUUCAAUUUUAAUGUUGUCUAGUUUAUCAAUCCUUUCUUUCAUAAAUAAGCCUUUAGUUUUUUUAAUUUAAACAGUCAUCACCGCAGCCACAUAAAUUUUUUCCGAUGUUAUCAUCUAGGAGUCGUCAUUUUGCAAUUUUUAUUUAGGUUUGUGAUUGAUUUGGGGUUAAUUGUGAAGAGUGUAAAGUCUGUGUCUGGUGGUGAUGGUGAUGGUGAUGGUGAUGGUGAUGGAGAUGGUGAUUUGCAUGUGGAUGCCCCAUUGUCCCAGUAGCCUUCGUUGAGGAAACUGUCUUUUUUCUAUUGUAUUGCCUUUGCACCUUUGUCAAAGACUAGUUGGCUAUAUUUGUGUGGGUCUUUUUCUGGGCUCUCGCUUCUGUUCCAUGCAGCCAUUUUUCCGUUUCUUCACCAGCACCACACCACCUUGAUUGGGGAAACUUUAUGUUAAGCCUUGACGUAAGGUGGUGCCCGCCUCCCAGCUUUGUUCUCUUUCUUUCCUGUGUUGGCCAUGCUGAGUCUUUUGCCUUUCUACCCUUCAAAAUUAAUUUAUUGAUAUCCACAAAAUGACUUGCUAGGAUUUUGAUUGUGGGUUUGCAUGGAAUCUACAGAUGAGGUUGGGAAGAACUGACAUCUUGACAGUAGUUGAGUGUUGAUUUCCAGGAACAGGGAGAAUCUCUCCAUUCAGUUCUUUGAUUUCUUUCAUCCGUGUUCUUCAGUUUUCCUCAUAAUCAUGUACAUAUUUUGUUAUAUUUGUACCUAUGUAUUUUAUUUUGGGGGUGCUAACUUAAAUGAUACUUUCAGAUACUUUCAGAUUCCAAUAGUUCAUUGAAGAUAAAUAGGAAGGGAAUUGGUUUUUACAUAUUUGUAUCCUGCAACCUUGCUAAUAAUUGCGUAUUAGCUUAAGGGUUUUUGGGUUGACUCCUGGGAAUUCCCUACCUAGAUUAUCAUGUCUUCUGUGAACAUAGUUUCCUUUCUUCCUGCUCAGUCUGUAUGGCUUUUAGUUACUUGUCUGAUUGCCCUUUCUCAGGCUCCUAGUGGAAGUUGAAUGGAAGCAGAGAGAGGGAAAAGCCUUGCCUUGUCCCUGAUCUUAGCAGAAAAGCUUCUAGUGUCUCACCAGAAAGUGCAAUAUUGUUUGUAGUUUUUGUAUGUUUUUAAACAAAUUGAGGAAGUUCCCUUCUAGUCCUGCUUUGCUGUGUUUUUCUCAUACAUGCCUGUUGGGUUGUGUCAAAUACAAAGCAUGUGUCUAUCAAAAUGAUUUUUCUUCUUUAGCCUAUUCUGUAAUGAAUCACAUAAAAUUAUUUUCAAACCUUGAACCAGCCUUGUGUGCCUGGAGUAAAUCCCUUUUGUAUUUUCCUCUGAUCUGGUCUGGAGAGUACCUAUCAACUCGUGCCCUAUCAACUAUGGCCCUAUCAAUUCAACUCUAGCCCUGUCAACUAUGGCCUUAUCAGCCCGAGCCCUGUCAAUCAACUCUGGCCCUGUCAGCCCGAGCCCUGUCAAUCAACUCUGGCCCUGUCAGCUCGAGCCCUGUCAAUCAACUCCAGCCCUCACUCACACACAGGACUGCAGGGAAGGCGCUUGUGGAUGUUUACAGUGUGCCUUUCACGGAUUUUUUUUUUUUUUUACAGUUUUUAGCAUUUAUUCAGUGAAAGAAAUACACAGGAAAGUAAGGGCUUUGUUUAGGGGAGAAAGAAGUCUAGAAACUAAGUUGGGUCCAUACCAGGCAGAGAGCAGGCCAGGAACCACAUGGAGCAAAGCUUGCGGGCAGGAAAGCAGAGGCGGAGCAUCAGCCAAAAGGCCGAGUGCCCGAAGGUGCAAGACAGCAGGGCAGGCGCCCACCAUGCUCAGGCCUUUUAUUCACUCCCAAAGGGGAGUGGUUACGUAGCCUGAUUGGCAGCUGAGUGUAUAGAAGAGGUCAGGUAGGGGCAUGAGAUCACACGGAGGGCGUGGUCUUCCAGCUCUUGAGUCUAAUUGAUUUAAUACAGGAUUUUUUUUUAUUA